GAGACUAAAAUAGAAAUGAUAGGAAAUGUAAUAUUUCGUGCUUUCUAUCAUGCUAAUUCAUUUCUACUCAUACUUUCACGUACCUUAUUUCUACACCCGUAUGGAAUAUAACUGUUAAUAUUUAAUCAUUUUAUGAUUAUCAUCGUCGUCUUUAAUUAAGAAUGGUAUUUGCAGAUACGAUAAUCUUGCCUUUUUUACCUCUCUCUGCGUGUAUUUAGACGCUCUAUCUCUGUGUAAUCGUCUGUGUGUUUGUACGUGUUUGAAAUAGUAGAAAAUUUUAUAAAUCAUCUUAUUCCUGUAUCUCUAUAUUACACGAUAGAUAGUUCGUCUUAUGAGAAAUGUGUUAUUACGUAGAGACACAAAAAAAGAAAUAAAAAGAAAUGAAAAGAAAAAUAUACCACAAGAGACAAAGAAUACUAUGGUGCGCAGUGAAAGUAAGUAUACGGUAAUUUAUUGCGAAUCGAGUCUUUUGCAAAUCAGUGAUUUUCUUAUGUCUUCCAACUAGUUUCUGCGAAGGAAAUAUUUUAUCCGAAAUAAUAAAAUGACACGUGCAUUUAGUACUUGAUGAUACGUAAGUAUUAGUUCGAAGAAAAGAGUACUUAUGGAACUAAUAUAAAAAUUAUUAGCUUUUCCGCCAUGCGAACUAACGCAGCUGGAAUCCUUCUGUUAAAACUAGUAAAUCUAUCUACAUGAUAUAUCUAUCUGAAUCGUUAAAACGAAAUCGUCUAUUUGAUGAGAUUAUCAUUUGCUAAGUCUGGGACAUAAUAACAGUGUAAUGAAAUAGCUAUUUUGUAAAAGAAGACAAACAUAAAAAGACAAGAAAGAAAGAAAGAAAUGAUAGGUAAGAGAUUUACCUUGCUAUGAUAUCAUUCUUUUCGCUAUAACAUUUAACUUUCUCGACCUCUUAGAAAGACAGAUCGUUUUUUCGUGACUUCGAGGACUAACAUUAGUAUAGAACGUUAACUUUUUUUAUUGUAUUUCAUGUUAAUUGUACGUAAACGCUUCGCGUCCUCGCCAUUUAUGACAUAUUACUAUAGUUUAUACACCGAUAUUUUACGAUUUCUCAAGGAAAUUGUACGCAUUCGAAGGACAAGACAAUGUUCUUACUCGUUCUAUUCAUUCUUAUAUCUCAUUCUUAUGCCAUAGAGCCUUUCAAAUUUUCUAUUUGGAAGAAAAACGAUAUUCUAGUGAAACUCCUCGUUGAUUCGACCUUUCAUUUAUUUCCACCAUCAAGAAUAUCUGUUAGUUUGUGUUUUCGCAAAGUAGAUGAUAUGAUCGGUUUAUCGAAGGAAAUGUCGAAGAAACAUUUGUCACAUGAUAUCCAAAAUACGUACAAUCGUCAAUUAGAUCCUCAAAUAUUCGAUAAUUUAGAACAUAGAAAUUUGUACGUCAUCGAUCUCGAUUGCGAUUAUGCGAUUGACAUCUUAAAAGAGGCUGAUUCGAAGAGAAUGUUUGUUGCUCCUACAAAAUGGUUACUUUUACAAGAUUCAAGAACAAUCUCUUCAAAUUCGAAUGAUCUUCAAUUGAUAAAAACAAUAUUUCAAAAUCUUACUGCUUAUCCUGACAGUGACGUUGUUUUAGCACAGAUGAUUCAAAAUGAUUUUGUCCAACUACUUUCAAUAUAUCGUCCUAGUCCAUAUCGAAAUGUCAUUUUGGAGGAUCGUGGUAAUUGGUCCUUGACACGUGGAAUUCUUAUGAAAAAUUAUCACGUAGCAUCCCGUAGACGAAAAAAUCUUCAACUUACACCACUCAAAUCCUGUAUUGUGAUGACAAAUCCAAACACGAUCAAUCAUUUAACUGAUUAUCACGAUAAACAUAUAGAUCCAGUUACGAAGGCUGGUUAUCCAUGGGUUUUUCAUCUGGUAAAUCGAAUGAAUGCAACAGUUACUUUUAAUAUAACAAAUUCAUGGGGUUAUCGUAAUGAAAAUGGAUCGUGGAAUGGCAUGACCGGCAUGUUGCAACGUCGGGAAAUUGAUUUUGGAGGAACUGCUACUUUUUUUGUUAAAGAACGAAUAGGAAUAGUUAAAUAUAUACAACUCUACACGCAUACUGGAUCACGUUUUGUGUUUCGUCAACCAUUACUUUCAACAGUAAGCAAUAUAUUUGUCCUGCCUUUUCAUCAAUCAGUUUGGAUAGCUAUCGUUGUCUUGAUUGUUCUUGUUACCAUUUUACUUUUUAUAUCUAUGAAAUGGGAGUAUCAUUGCGGAGCUUCAGCUAAGUCUGCAAUGUAUUGGAAACAGAUGAAUCCUGGAGAACCAACCGUUAGCGAUGAUAUUUUAGUUAUUCUAGGAGCAUUUUUCCAACAAGGAUAUUCUUAUGAACCAUAUCGAGUUCCUUCACGUAUAGUAACUUUAAUGUUAUUGAUAACUGCGUUGAGUCUUUAUGCUUCCUACACAGCAAAUAUCGUUGCUUUGCUUCAAUCGACGACUAAUUCAAUUCAAACUAUUACUGAUCUUUAUAAUAGCCCAUUAAAACUAGGUGCACAGGAUGUUAUAUAUAAUAGAUAUUAUUUUAAAUCUUUUAAUGAUCCAAUAAGAAGAGCAGUAAUAGAUGAAAAGAUUGAGCCACGAGGUAAAAAAUCUUCUUGGAUGCCUAUCGAACAAGGUGUUAAAAAAAUUAGAGAAGAACUUUUUGCUUUUCACGGUGAAGUUGGUACCAUUUAUAAAAUAAUGCAAGAUACUUUUCAAGAAGAAGAAAAAUGUGGUUUAACUAAUAUUGACUUUUUGAAUGUACUUUAUCCACUUUUCAUCAUUCAGACACAGUCUCCAUAUUUGGAAAUUUUAAAAAAUAGUGCUUUAAUUUUACGAGAAAGUGGUUUAAAAUAUCGAGAAGAGAAACGAUUAUAUACAAGCAAGCCUGUAUGUCACGGUCAUAUGAGUUUCAUUAGUAUAGGUUUUACAGAAUGCUACUUUGCAUUAGUUGCAAUGGGAUACGGCAUAAUACUUACUCUUUUUGUACUAAUUAUGGAGUUUCUUUGGCAUAGAAUGCAAAAGUCUAAAAUUAAAGAUGUUACUGAAGAUAUGGAGACAAUUGACGAUGUUAGUGAAAUCUUUUCAUUAUAGUUGAAAAAGUAUUGCCUGUAUUUUCUUUCGAAUACAGUAUAAUUUGGUAUUUAGUACUCUAACUAUAGUAAUAUAUAAACAAUUAUAUUAUAAAGAAAAGAAUAUAUAAAAUAAUCUAAAUAAAA